GGGAUCGCUGACAGUCGCGGAUCCUGUGACACCUCCCAGCAGCCAGGCACUUGUUGCUCUCGGGACCUGUUGUCAAUCCCUUAGCUCGCUCUUCCUUUUAGCCCCCUGCUGGAUCUUGGAGUCUGCUCUUUCCGUUUGACACCUGGGACUCCGAGCUCUUCUCUCAGACAUAGCUGUCCUUGCUUGGAGAAAUUGAUGAGAAACUGUUAGUCUUAAAAGAAAAAAAAAAUUAAACGCCGUGCAGAAGAGAGGCCCCUCGCUGUGAGCAGGAGCCUGAAGCGCUGCAGAGGUGGCGCCUCUCCGGCCCGGGACCGUGGUCCGGGGCGCCGACGGCAUGACGGACUCAGCGACAGCUAAUGGGGACGACAGGGACCCCGAGAUCGAGCUCUUCGUGAAGGCUGGCAUCGAUGGAGAGAGCAUUGGCAACUGUCCUUUCUCUCAGCGUCUCUUCAUGAUCCUCUGGCUGAAAGGAGUCGUGUUCAACGUCACCACCGUGGAUCUGAAAAGAAAGCCAGCCGAUCUACACAACCUGGCUCCUGGCACACACCCGCCCUUCCUGACCUUCAAUGGGGACGUGAAGACUGAUGUCAACAAGAUUGAGGAGUUCCUGGAGGAGACCUUAACCCCUGAGAAGUACCCCAAACUGGCUGCAAGGCACAGGGAAUCUAACACUGCGGGCAUCGAUAUCUUCUCCAAGUUUUCAGCCUACAUCAAAAACACCAAACAGCAGAACAAUGCUGCCCUUGAGAGAGGCCUGACAAAGGCGCUGAGGAAGCUGGAUGACUACCUGAACACCCCUCUGCCAGAGGAGAUUGACACCAACACCCAUGGGGACGAGAAGGGCUCCCAGCGCAAGUUCCUGGAUGGGGAUGAGCUAACCCUGGCCGACUGCAAUCUACUGCCCAAACUCCAUGUGGUCAAGAUUGUGGCUAAGAAGUACAGAAACUAUGACAUCCCAGCUGAGAUGACAGGCUUGUGGCGGUACCUCAAGAAUGCCUAUGCACGGGACGAGUUCACCAACACCUGUGCAGCUGACAGCGAGAUCGAGUUGGCCUACGCAGAUGUCGCCAGGCGCCUCAGCCGAUCCUGAGCUUGGCCGUCUGACCCGAUUUCUGCUGCAGAAGAAUUUCAUUUCUCCCAAAGGCUUUCAGCUCUACAGACUCUUCUUCACCAUUGCCUUGGGGAGGCAUCAAAAAAGUUAGGCCACAUCCUACUGGCACCCCUGAACUCAGCUCCAGCCUUCUACCUUCUAAGAUCAGUGCCAUCCUUCUGCCUUGACCUGCAGAAGCCCAGUAAGCAGCGAGGACGCAGUAGCAGAUGUUUCCACCUGCUGGUCUGACCUAGGGUCAGUGUGUCAGGGGUCAGUUUGCGGAGCUCCCAUGGGAUUGUCACUGUUCCUUUCUGCCAAUGUCAUAAUGCUUUCUCAGAUGCUCUAACAACUCGAAAUGCCAGCUUCCCCCUUCCCCUCCUUCCUCAGCAACUGCAAGGUGAUGGACAAAUGCCAUGACAUGAUCGUUAGGGAGAGAUCUAUGCUUUGAUUGGGGAGAGAGUGGUUGGGGGUAGUCAGAUAGGUAUGACUCUGGAUAUGUAGCAAAACAGUUCCAGCUGCUCACUGUUUCUGUCAGUGGGCCAGAUUGAAACACCCACCCCACCCCACAUACACAAUACACCCCAAUUUCCUGCAGUUUGGGGGCUGGUGCAAUAUGAUUGUGUCCUGGCCAGCACUGACCCAAGUUUUCCUCCUGUCUCCAUUUGUUUUGCCACAAAGGCAGUUGACCUAUAAACUCUAAACUGGUGACCCAGAAAAGGAGGGACUUCUGGGAAGCAAUGUUGAUGCCAAAAGGCCUACCAGGGUCUGCAGCCACAGGGGUCACUGACUGAAGAGUAGUCAUCCACUGGGGAUCACGUGUGUGUGUGUGUGUGUGUGUGUGUGUGUGCGCGCGCGCGCGUGCACGUGUGUGUGUUCUUCAGUGGAUGGCUUCAGGUUGGAGCAAGAGGUGGAAGUGGAGAGUGAUGGAAGGAGAUAAAGUUCCAUAUGAGUUUGACGUAGCCUAGAAAACUUUCAGAGCAUCUUCUCUCUUGUUAUCUAAAUCUUGGACUGGUGUUACCUCACGCCUACCAACUGUAGAGCAGACUCUAACAUCAGCCAAAAAUGUCUUCCAGGCCCUUCCUCGUCACUUGCCACCUGACUAUGAUCAGACUCCCAGUUUCUUUAGCCCCAGCCUCUGAGGGAGGAGAAAGUCUAUUAAGGGCUACCUUAGGAAGAAAGUCCAUGGGUCUUUCUGACUGGGAAGCCACAACUUGAAUUUGGAAACUAUCUACUGCCCUGGGUCCAUUUUCCCACCAUCAGACUCAGCUAUCAGAUUUUUAAGAAAGAGAAAUCUUUUUUUAAAAAGUUUUGUAAGCUAACAUGUCUCUCCUUAGUCCUUCUCCUUGAGUUUCACCUACAAAGCUCACAGGGCCUGAUUAUGGCAACCUAGGCUGAUUAGGAACUAUGACCAAUUAGUCAAUCAUUAGCUCUUCCUCUACCAGUGAGCUAGUGAGUACCUAGAAGAAAUCCAUCCCCAGGGCCUCAACUCCAACAAUCCUGCUUCUGUGUCACUGACAGUGGAGGCGAGGCUCCUGAGGGCCGGAAAGGCCCUGGACUUGGCUUACUGCUCUGGAGGGUGGAGCAGCACCGGUCCUUUCCAUAGAAAUAUCAACAUGGUCUAACCCUAGCAGUCACUGAGCCCACCUGCCUCUAGGGAUCUCCAAAGCAAAGAGUGUCCAUUGAUCCAAGGAGGGAGGAAAGAGGAGGUCUCUCUAGUCCACUGGGGAAGAGGACUCUGCCUGCUAGGACAUUUUACAAACCUAAAAGGGCUUUGAAGAGGAAAAAUGAGUUGAUUCAUUUCCAUCGCUACAGGAACCUUUCCACAGGCCCUCCAUAAGAUGCCCCUGGGGAUGUUUAAAAGUGUAGCACUGCUGAGGGAACAGCCCUCUUUUCUUUAGGGAAGAGCUCUCAAUAGGCCUCCUGGGGAAGUAGAACUUCCGGAACUAUCCGGAAGGCUGUUUAAUGAAAAGAAACCCACGCUGUUCUCAGAGAUCCUUCCUAGAAUUUACAAGCAGGCAGGGUGAUCCCAGGCAGUUCACACCCCUAUUUUCCACAGGUGGGCUGAUGGUAAAGAUAUGAAGACUAGCGUACAUACAGAGGGGCUUUAGAGGGAGGGAAAGAAUUCUCCUCAUGUGAUGUUCUGAGCCCGGCGAUUGGCAAGUCUUUAAAAACAAACUUUCCAAGCCGAGUAAAUAUUGUUUCUAGACGGUCCUCCUAUGGUUGAGUUAGUUUCACAUAAAUCACAAUAUUUAGGCAAUGUUGGACAUUAUAGGAUCAAUCAGAACCCCUUUAAAGAGAGGCAAGACUGUAGAAGGGAGGCUUUCCUAAGUAGUUUAAUGCAGAAGUAACUCUAAUGUUACCGGAUAAUCAAAAUGAGACUGACCAAUGUCUUAGGACAUAAUUAUCAUGGUAUAUAAAAAAUAGCAAUAAAGGUAAUGAUGAUUACCCACACCACCCUCUCCAAGGAGAUUUUUCUCUGGAGGCUCCAGCUUCUCUGGACCUUGGUCUUAACCUUGACAUGUGCCUGUUUUAUCAUCUGCAGCCACACUGUGGUGAGUUCCAAGUCCCGCUUUGCAGUGUAGACUCUACCUGCAGAAAUUCUGGAUAAAAGCUUUUCUGAUAAAUGCCAGCCCCCCAGGAAGCAUUUGGAUGGCAGAGAAAAGGGAGCUAUCUCCACAGAGCUAUUUUGCAUUCCCCUCUCGCCUUGGAUUGUCACAUGAUGAUCUUGUAUGUGUAAAAUAUAAGUGCAAGGCAAAACAGACAGAAAGGUUCCAACUCAGAAUUCUUGAGCUGAGUGUACCUACCUAUUUAAAAAAUGCCCAGUUCUUCGAUUGAUCCAGAGAGAAGACAUUCAUUAAGAUGUUAGUAACUAUUCAAAAUAAGAUAGAAAGUUAAUGCUUUGCUUGUUUCAGAAUAUAAUUUCAUAUUCUCCUAAAAAUAAGAAAAGUUCGUGAUACAUUCAGGAUCAUAGUCACGUGUCUAUCUCACCUUUUAAACGAGGGGUCUAGGCAGCCUACUGGAACCAGAAGAAUCAGUUGCACAAUAGGACCUGGUCAGUCAGUUUAUUUAACCAAUCAAUCCCGAACUAGUUCCAACUUCCUGGAAGGUGGCAAUGUCCCCAUUGUUCCCCUCUGGCAUUGGUGGGAAGGGACAGGAUCAUCAUCUUCCUCCUCCUCCUCCUCCUCCUCCUCCUCUUCUCCUCCUCCUCCUCUUCCUCCUCCUCCUCCUCCUCCCCUCCUCCUCCUCCUCCUCCUCCUCCUCCUCUUCUUCUUCUUCUUCUUCUCUUCCUCUUCUUCCUCCUCCUCUUCCUCCUCCUCCUCCUCCCCUCCUCCUCCUCUUCUUCUUCUCUUCCUCUUCUUCCUCCUCCUCCUCCUCCUCCUCUUCCUCCUCCUCCUCCUCCUCCUCUUCCUCCUCCUCCUCCUCCUCCUCCUCCUCCUCCUCUUCUUCUUCUUCUUCUCCCCCUCCCCCUCCCCCUCCCCCUCCUCUAAAACAAGCUAUUCCAAAAAUGAAGUCUGAGGAAGAACGUUCUGGUACCUUCUGGUUCUUGUGAGGUGAGGCAACAAUAGUGACUACAUUGCCUGUGUCUAGAGGGGUGGACAUUCUGCAGAGAGACAGUCGCAAGCAUUUUAGGUCCAUCAUGGAAUGAAACAUGCUUGAUACAGACAUAUGUUGAUGGUUUCAGAGUCCCUUGGGGACCUGCCAGACCAGGUAAAUUGUAUUAUGAGGGAAGCCAAAGCUGAAGCUGUGUUUCCAUCUAAUAAAAGCUCACCAUCACUAAAAGAGUUUGCACCUACAAUCAAACCCUUCUAGAAGCAGUAGGUGUCUGGUCAGGAGGUACUUCUGGGGUUUCUCUCCAUUCCUCCAUGGUUCAGGAGUCUACUCAGCUAUAAGAGGAGGCAGAAUACUAACGCGGCCUUGCUUGGAAACAUGAAACACUAACUCGUGGCUGAAACUAAGUUCAGUCAUUCUCAAAGAUUAUAGUUUGAGAGCUACGUGUUUAUAUCAUCCAUAUUCAUAUACAUUAUAUCUAUAUAUAGCAUUACAAAGAACCUUUAGAAAGCAUGUAGGAAAGAAGUGUGCCUCUGAGGCACCAGACUACUGUUGGGAGAACGUUUGUGAUCUUGUCACUGGCCUUGGGGCCCUUGUACAGACAGGCCAGUGACUUUGUAUCCAUUGCUCUUUAUUAUUUAAACUAAUAGCUUGUCCCUGAGUUAUAAGUGUAUUCUUUCUCCUUUACCAAUGUUCCAAUCCCAGCCUAGUUUCAAGAUACUUUCAUCUCAUUAUUAUGAAUGAGUAUAAAUCAAACUGCACAAUCUUAUUUAAUGUUGUUUCUGGAAAUAGAUGGAUGUAUUCUCCACUAUCACCACAUGCACCAGCAAAAAUAAACAAACCAUAGUCCUAAAAUAAGGUUUAACUUAAACCGAACUUUCCACAAAAUUGAUCUGGUGUUUGGCAAGAACAGUUUUGAAGACAUGGUGUUUUUGUAUAUAGCUAGAGAUAUUCCAACACAGACUAUGAAUAUAUUUAUAGGAGAUAUAAGGCUAGGAUCUAGCUUGGUUGUAGAGUGUUUGCUUAGCGUGAAUGAAGGCCUAGGUCAGAUCUCCAGCACUACGUAAACCAGGCCUGGUAGCAACCACUGGUAAUCUGAGCACAAGGAAACUGACGGCAGGAAGAUCAAGGUCAGCCGCAUAGCAGACUGGAGUCCAGUCUGAGCUACGUGAGACCUUUCCCCAAAACAAAUAAAAACAAGUAAAAUAUUCAGCUGAUAUUUGAAUCCCCUCCCCCACAGUCACCUAGUUUUUCCAUGUUAUAAGCCAAGGAGUUAACUGAUUAGCAGCUCUAAUUCACUGUAUAUAGAGACACUCCAAAUGAUGGUAACUCUCAUUUCUUGAGACCUUUAACUGUGGUGAGAACAGACCUUGCUUCCAAGCCUUACUAAAUGCACCAUGCCUUUGAAUACACACCAAGCUGAAUGCUUUCUUCAUAUCCUCGAGCCAGCUGUAAAUGCGUUUCCUGGUCUUGAUUGGUAUUUUGACUGAUUCAAAUAAAGUUGGUUUAUUUUCAAAUAUUA